AUGGCACCCCGACUUGCAUCCUCCCAGCUUGUGAUAAUCCGCGAUAUGAUCAGUAGUAAAUCGCUGACUACUUCCCAGAUGGCUGAAGCGGCUGGCUGCAGCAAGCGUUCGAUAAUAACCAUCAGUGCCAACCUCCGAAUGUUUGGCGAUGUCCGAGCACCCUUGAUCCCUGGCGGCCAUCCUCGUGUAAUCACGUCCGUUAUGCUGGAAGCGCUAUGCGACCAUUUGCUAGAGAAACCGGAAUUAUACCUAGAUGAGAUGGUAGAGUUCUUGUCCGAUGAAUUCGACGUGCUCCUGUCAGAUUUCCGUUCGUAUCACCUAGUCUACAUAAAUGAAUCAGGCUGUGAUAAACGGGCUGGCUUCAGGAGGACCGGCUGGUCUCCCCGCGGCGUGGCACCUGUCCAGGUUUCCCGUUUCCAGCGGGGUCAGCGGUACUAG